AUGAGGUCGCGAUCUUCGCUUUCUGUGGAGGAGCUGCGCGAAAUUACGCAAAAGAUGAAUCUCUCUACUUCCAUGCAAGCUAAAACAGCUCCGAAAAAGACGCCAUUCGGCCGCUCCUACUCCGCUCCAGUAGACCUCCAAGCUCAUGCUCAGCGCCGCGCCGCACCAGCUCAAUUCAGGCUCAUGCUCGUUACGGAUCUACCGGCUCAACCGGCUCCACUGGAUCAUACUCGGACGGCUCUAUAA